AUGGCGUCCUCGUCGUUGGCGGCCACGGGCCUUACCUCCGCGCCACCAGCGCUGCAACAGAACUCGCAACGCCAGACUCACCUGCCAACGUCCAACGGCGGCUCGCCGGCGCCUUCGAGCCGGUCCGCCGCUCCCAUCACCACCGUGGCAAUACGCAACGGCAAGACCAUCGGCAUUAAUGAUCACAUCUACAUCUCGGCUGCCUGGGCUCCGGGAGCGGGAGAGCCGUACGUGAUCGCGAGGGUGAUGGAGUUUGUCACUGCGGCAUCGUCGCGCAGCGGCGCCGCGGCGCUGGCCAGCUCGUCGGGCACGCUCCAGGUGCGCGCCAACCUCUUCCUACGCAUGCGCGACAUCACCGUGCGCAGCAGCAGCGACCCGCGCCUGCUGGUGGCGACGAUGCACUCGGACGUCUUCAACCUGGAAAACGUGCGCGGCAUCUGCAACGUCCGCCACCGCGACCUCAUCGGCAGCGGCUCGGCGCCCGACGUCAGCCAGUGGAAGAAGAAGGAGGACCACUUCUACUACCACCAGCUCUACGACCGCUACAUCCACCGCUUCUACGAUGUGAUCCCGACCGAAAAGGUCAAGAACGUGCCGCCAGAGGUGCUCUCGACGCUGCGACAGAGGUACUCGUUUGUCAUUGCCGAGCCCGGCAUGAUGGCCGACCUCUGCGACGCGCUGCGAGGGUGCGCCGUCUGCCACCGGUGGGCCGCAAGCGUCGAAUCGGUACGGUGCGACACGUGCAAGAAGUUCUUCCACAUGAAGUGCCUCAAUCCGCCGCUGGCCUCGAAGCCGGCCAAGGGAUACAGCUGGACCCCGGCGCCCGAAAAGACGAUCGACGACAUCCGCGGGACGCGCUGCUUCAACCGUUGGCCCUACCGCUACUUUGGCCAGCACACGCACGCGCUUGACGUGCUCGACCCGCACGACUCGGUCUACCCGAUCGCCGCCACGCGGCUCGGCGUCAAGUACCAGGCGGUGCUUCCCAGCUGGCAGGAGCAGCAGGCCGCCGGGCUCGGCGUCCACUUCCGCGUCAAGGGCUCGGGCAAGGACGAGGACGGCGGCGCCGUCGCCGACGAGAGCGCCGAGGCGCGCGCCGCCACGGCCAUCAAGAGAAAGGGCGGCCGUCCGGCAAAGCGCAAGCGCGGCGGAGGCGUAGCCGACGGGCCCGACCGCUCCGACUCGCCCAUGACGACUGUCAACACGCCGACCAUGCUGCCGGCGCCGUUGCCCUCGGAGCCGCCCGAGUUUGAGCGCGGCACCGACCAGAGCGUCGAGGCCAUCUUCCUGCCGUCGGUCGUCGCCGGCGAGCGCAACCUCGACGUCUACCUCAAGGCGGCCCACAGCGCGCUCAAGGGCGUCGACAACUUCAACGUCGACUUCCUCGACCGCGCGCUGACGCUCCUCACCGAGAGGGGCGGCGACAUGGUGGCCGCCCUCCAGGCGCUGUCGCAGAGCAAGCCCGAGGAUCUGCGGAUCGUCCACUGGACGUCGCGCGAGCUCAAGCAGUUUGACACCGCCAUGCGCGAGUGCAGCUCCGACAUGCGCCAGCUCAAGAAGCGCAUCCCCACCAAGCGCUACUCGGACAUUGUGCGCCACUUUGUCGUGUGGAAGGUGCAGCGGCUGCGCGAGGACCUCGAGGCGCAGGCGGCCGAACCGCAGGGCAGCGGCAGCGGCGCCGCGUCGUCCGCCCAGGACGUGCAGGGACCCUCUGGAUCGGCGACCUCGCCCUCGGCCCGGGCGUCGGUGUCGCGGGCAGUCUCGCCCAGCCUGUCGGUGUUUGGCGACGACGACGCGCCGCCCGCCGCCUCGUCGGGCCCCCGCGGCUGCUCGAUGUGCUCGACGACCACCAGCGAGGUGUGGUACAAGGGCCACCACCUGUGGCCCAACCGCUACCUCUGCAUCAACUGCGGCCUCUACUGGCGCAAGUACGCCGCCGAGGCGCACAACACCGAGCUCGUCUCGGUCAACACGCGGCACAAGACGGCCAACGCCGCCAGCACCGCCGCCGCCGUCACCUCGACGGCCGCAGAAGAGAACGGCGUGCUCGGCGUCGCACCGUUCACCAAGCUGGCGGCCAAGGGCAAGGAGAGGGACAAGGACAGGGGCGCAGCCGCGGCGUCGACCUCGGCGCCCCAAGCCGAGCCGGCGCCGUGCGUGCUGUGCGGCGCCGUCGAGCCGCGCGCCAGCCUGGCGCAAUGCCAAUCGUGCUCCCUGAGCGUGCACCAGGCGUGCUUUGGGCUCGACGCCGCCGACAUGGAGGCGGCCGCGGCGGGCUCGUGGCUCUGCGAGGCGUGCGAAAACGAAGAGACGCUCGACGCCGCGCUGCCGACCGAGUGCAACAACUGGGUCCACGUCCUCUGCGCCCUCUUUACGCCCGAGGUCGUCUUUUCCGACCCUUUGCGGCUGAAGACGGUCGAGGGAUGCGGCAACCUGCCCGCCUGGCGCUACGAGUCGACGUGCUACGUCUGCGACCAGCGCGCCGGCAGCUGCAUCACGUGCGCCGAGAGCGGGUGUCGCCGCACCUUUCACGUCUCGUGCGCCGUCAACCGGCCAGAAGACUUUGCCAUCGGCUUCGAGGUCGGCCCGCCGCGCAAAAAGGGCGGCGUCGAGACGACCACCUUCCGCGGCGAGACGGGCGUCCUGUCCGCCGUCGUCUACUGCGCGGACCAUCGCCCCGCCGUCGCCGCGCCGAAAGCAGCCGCCGCCGGGUCCAGCGCCGCAGCCACCGCGCUCGCCCUCGCCACGACCAAGGGCGCCAGGUUCUUUGGCCUCGCAGAGCUCGACGACGACGGCGCCUCGACGGCGCUCCAGCUCUACGCACGCACCUACAAGCACGUCGGCGCCACCGUCACCGGACACGGCACCUCGAACGCCGCCUCGUCCGUCGUCGCGCACAUGACCGAGUCGUCGUACGCGCUGCUGCGCAGGGCAAAGCGCUUCGACCUGCUCUCGUCGUCGGCAUCGGCACCCUCCCCCUCUCGCGCCGGCGCAGCGGGCAUCGCGGGUGCGCCAGGCGUCACCACGACCCCCGCCCCGACAGAGAUGCGCGUCGGCCUGCACAUCGGCUCGUCGUCGGCGUCGUCGUCGUCGUCGCGCUUCGGCCUCGCCAUCGACAUCGGCGGCGAGGACGUCCAGGAAGAAGCGGAAGAGUGCUGGAAGUGCCAUACCAAGACAUCGCCGUUCUGGUGGUCGAUCCCGCCUCCCUCUGACGUCGCCGUUGCCCCACCCGCAAACACCGAGAGACAAGUCAAGAGGGAAGAGGGCGUCUCGUCGUCGCCACUGCUCGACGGCCAAGAGAGCGCUCCGAAAAGGUCGACGGGCGGCAACCCGGUCUGCUGCACCUUUUGUCGCGCCACGUUUUUCCCCAGCGUCGAGAUGCACGUCGACCUGUAG